AUGUCGAAGGAGCCGCAGACCAUCGACACAGUCUGGAAGGCCGCUGCCUACGGCGACUUCGACGUGCUGACCCGGCUGGCGGGGGCCGACCCCUCCCUCCUCCACGCCCCCGACGACCAGGGCUUCUACGCCCUGCAGUGGGCGGCGCUGAACAACCGUGUAGCGGUGCUGACCUACCUGCUGGGCGCGGGGUGCGCUGUGGAUGUGGCCGACGCGUCGCGCCAGACACCGCUGCAUUGGGCGGCAGUGCGCGGGUCCGUCCCCGCCGCCGAGACGCUGCUGCGCGCGGGGGCCGACCUGGCCGCCCGCGACUCGCGCGGGUACACCGUGGCCCACGUCGCCGCGCAGUACGGGCAGGCAGGCCUGCUGCACCACCUGGCGCUGCGCUGGGGCGCCGACCUGGACGCGCCCGACGCCGACGGCCGCACGCCGCUGCACUGGGCCGCCUACAAGGGGCACGCCGACGCGCUGCGCCUGCUGCUCUUCACCGGCAGCGCCGCCGCGCGCCCCGACGCCGAGGGCUGCACGCCCCUGCACUGGGCCGCCAUCCGCGGCAACGCCGAGGCCUGCACCCUGCUGCUCCAGGGCGGCGCGGGGGAGUGCCUGGCCGCAGCCGACGCCACGGGCGCCACGCCUAGCCAGCUGGCGGCCGAGAAGGGGCACCGCGUGCUGGGCCUGACCCUGGCGGACGCGCGCGUGCACGACGGCCCGCCCCCUGCCCUGGGCACGCUGGCGGGCACCUGGGCCAGCUUCCUGCUGGCCACCUGCGGCCUCGGCCUGGCCUCCCCCGCGCUGCAGGCGGGCAGCUGGGGGCAGAUCUGCGUGGCCUGCCGCAUCGUGCGCCCGCUGCGCGCCAAGCACUGCGGCGUGACGGGGCGCUGCAUCGAGUGCUACGACCACUACUGCCCCUGGGUGGGGAACGUGAUCGGGCGUGGCAACCGCGCCUUCUUCCUCACCUUCCUCUGGCUGGAGCUGGGGUCGGUGACAGCGGCGAUGGCCGUGGCCGUGGCACGCCUGCACUCGAACCUGGCGCAGCCCCGGCCCGGGCACGGCCCCGCGACCCUGGUCUGGCCCGUGGUGUUCGUGGUGGCCGACGCCUUCCUCCUGCUCAGCAUCGCAGCCCUGGCACUGGCACAGACCAACCAGAUCGCCAAGAACAUCACCACCAACGAGCUCGCCAACUGGCACAGGUACAAGUACCUGCACGCGGCCGACGGCGAGUUCCUGAACCCCUUUGACCGCGGCUGGAAGGCCAACUGCGCGGAGGUGUGCUGCGCGGCUCAGCGCCCCCGCUCGCAGUAUGUGCUGGAGGGCGGGGAGGACUCUGUGUCCCUCCUCGGCAGCGCGGGCGGGAAGCUCGAUGCCAUGGUGUGA